AUGAGCUCCGUCAGCAACUUAGGCGGAAACUCAGGCGUGGAUCAGGGCAACCCGAAGAAUAACAGAAAACGAGAGCGCGAGGAUUGGAACACCUCGACUUCCAUCAUAGAUCACGAGCGUGCAUCACAACAACCUGGCAAGUUCAAGAAGACAAAGCCCCAGAAGCCGCAAACGCAAUCAAAAGGUUCUUCUCAGUCAGAGUCGGUAUCUCCGGUCUCGAGAGUCAUUGAAUGGCCAGAGUUGUUCAAGUCUCUUGAUAAAACUCACCGGGCCUUGAACCUCGUGUUCACGUUCUGUUGUACCCGUAAACAUCUAGCAACUACUUUCGAGACAAUAAAGUCAGCAGUUGAGACUCAUACAAAACAUCCGUUGACCGAGGAUGAUGUGGCUCUCAUAGUGGCUUUGCGCCCUGAGGGCAUCAAUUUUACAUACGUGGAUGAACUUAUGCUACAGCUCGAUAUUAAGGGGUCACAAAGAGAUGACGUUUUUAAAAAUUCAAAAUCACUUCGGUCUCAAGCUCCAGUUCAUGACCUAUCCGUGGGAGGCUGGACCGGCGACGAAACACUGCACAAUCGUCGUGAUGGAGAAUCCACGGGAGAGCGGGAAAUACUAUUCUUCGAAUUCAUUGAUGGAGAUCUGAAGCGCCAAGUCCAGGAUAAGAGAACUGGCGAAGCGGUGGCGCCGAAUCGCAGACUUCGGGAUGAGCAACUGAAGAUGCCUGUUUUUGGGCAGAAGCAAAUGAGACAGUUGAUUGACCGGAGAAAUCAGAAAUUCGCCAGUGCCAUCGACACAUUCCUGAGCCAAUGUGUCGAAGAUAGGUUGGAUCCAGAUAUGACUUUGAGGCAUAUGGCGCAAAAGUUUCUCCCGAGGCCGUCUCAUCCGAGGGUUGUUGCAGACACCAUACCAAGCCCUAUUCCCGAAAACAUACCAAAGGAUCGUAAAUCCAUACCCGAAAUUGUUCAACAGCUCAAAGACAGCCCGUGGUAUACAGGCCAAAUCGUACCGGACGGGCACAGAGUCUUCGACCCGCAGGAGCCCAUCUACGGUGACCUUGGUUUUCUUUUGAGUCAAGAUAUUGUCAACGCUUUGUACAAUGCUAAAGGCAUCACCAAAAUUUACGCUCAUCAGGCAGAAGCUCUCAACAGGCUCGACCAAGGAGAGCAUGUUGUCGUAGCAACGUCAACAAGCUCAGGAAAAUCUCUUAUAUACCAACUGCCUAUUCUGUGUGAACUGGAGAGAAACUAUGACUCUAGAGCUCUUUACAUCUUCCCAACAAAAGCAUUGGCGCAGGAUCAGAAACGAAGUUUGAGGGACAUGCUGUCUUAUAUGCCCGGACUGGGAGAUGCGCUUGUCGAGACAUUUGACGGAGACACGCCAAUGAAUGAACGCGCUGCAAUACGUGAACAAGCCAGGAUCAUUUUUACAAACCCAGACAUGCUUCAUGCUACGAUCUUGCCCCAAGAAGAAAAGUGGAGGACUUUUCUCAAAAAUCUGAAAUAUGUAGUAGUGGAUGAGCUUCACUAUUAUAACGGGCAGCUUGGUUCCCAUGUUGCAUUCAUCAUGAGAAGACUGAGACGAAUCUGCGCCGCGGUUGGAAAUCGGCGGGUUCGAUUCAUCUCCUGCUCCGCGACUGUGGCCAACCCUCAGGAGCACUUCAGAACCAUCUUUGGCGUGAAAGAGGUCACUCUGGUUGAUUUUGACGGCUCGCCGUCAGGGCGCAAAGAGUUCUUGUGCUGGAAUACUCCCUACAAAGACCCCAAAGACCCUGCCAGUGGCCGAGGCAACGCCAAGUUUGAAUGCGCAAGAUUAUUUUGUGCCCUCAUGUUGCGAGGUGUUCGGCUCAUAGCCUUUUGUCGGGUCAGGGCCCAGUGCGAAGCGUUGGUGAGUGCCGUCAAGCAGGAAUUGGAGUCUUUAGGCAGGCCCGAAUGCAUGAACCUCGUCAUGGGCUACCGAGGUGGGUAUACUGCAGCUGAUCGACGCCGCAUCGAGUCUGAAAUGUUCGAGGGCAAACUGCUCGGCAUUGUGGCGACCACGGCGCUGGAACUGGGCAUAGACAUCGGUACACUUGAUUGUGUCAUGUCUUGGGGGUUUCCAUAUACCAUCGCGAACCUGCGUCAACAAAGUGGUCGCGCGGGUCGUCGGAACAAGGACUCCUUGUCCAUCUUGGUGGGGGACUGUUUUCCGACAGACCAGCAUUAUAUGCAAAACCCCGAGGAGCUGUUCACCAAGCCGAAUUGCCAACUCCGGGUGGACCUUGACAAUUUGCUCGUACGCGAGGGGCACAUCCAAUGCGCGGCAUACGAAAUGCCCAUUCGGCCCGAGCAGGAUGCCCAGUAUUUUGGGCACGACUUGUCCAGCAUUUGCAACGAACGUUUAGUCAAGGACGAGAUGGGUUACUAUCAUUGUCACGAUCGCUUCCGGCCAAAUCCUUCCAGGUACGUUGCUAUAAGAGACGCCGAAGACGAGCAUUUCGCCAUCGUCGACAUCACAAAUGGCAGAAAUGUAGUCCUAGAAGAGCUAGAGGCGUCUCGGGCGACAUUUACAAUAUACGACGGAGCCAUGUUUCUCCACCAGGGAAAUACCUACCUCGUGCGAGACUUUAUUCCGGAUAAGCUCAUGGCCAAGGUGGAAAAGGCCAAAGUUGACUGGACGACGACGCAGCGAGACUAUACUGAUAUAGAUCCUAUAGAAAUCGAGGCCAUACGGAAAAUCACAUCGUCGCUUUCACGGGCGUAUUACGGAGCCAUCAAAAUCCAGCAGAAUGUGUUUGGGUACUUCAAAGUGGACAAGAAGGGACGGGUCCUCGACGCUGUCCAAGUAGACAACCCGCCCGUCAUCCGCUACAGCAAAGGCUUGUGGCUAGACGUGCCGAAAAACGCACUCGACAUCCUACAGGGUCGCCGACUGAAUUCGGCGGCUGCAAUACACGCUGCAGAGCAUGCCGUCAUGAGUCUCUUGCCCACCUUCGUCAUCAGCAUGCCGGAAGAUGUCCGGACGGAAUGCAAAGUCGCGCUGAAAGAGUUUGCCAAGCUAGAGUCCAAGAGGAAACGGCCAGCAAGACUGACUUUCUACGAUGCCAAGGGCGGUGCUGGCGGAUCAGGCAUCAGCACGAAGGCAUUCGAUCACAUUGGCAGCUUGCUAAGAAUCGCACUCGAAAGAGUCGAGGCCUGCCAAUGCCAACGAGGAUGCAUGGAAUGUGUGGCAUCGGAAACAUGCAGAGAGUCUAACGAAGUGAUGAGCAAAGCUGGUUGCCUUGUUGUUCUGAAGAGUUUGUUGAAUCUUCCCAUUGACAUUGACCAGCUUCCCAUGGGACCAGAGGACUCGGUACCAGUGGGCAUGGAGACCGUGACACUUGCACAUCCAGUCCGCGUUCGUGUUCAAGACGCGAAGAAAGGGGCUGGGGUGUUGGAAGGGCUAGAGAACGAGAACCGCAGUGCUGAAGAGCCCAAAUCCUCCACUGGUGAGUUUGAAAGAUGGUUAGGCUGA